AUGAAGAAGCUGCUCAGCUGGGGAGUCGAAGCCCGAGGGAUCUUGCCCGUACCGCGCGAACAGCGCACCGAUACCCAGCACAACAAGAUAUUCUUUAUCUGGCUGUCCGCCAACUUCAAUAUCUUGUCAUUCUCUGCUGGAAGCCUUGGUCCCGCCAUAUUCGGUCUUGGGCUGCGCGAUUCAUGCCUCGUCAUCCUCUUCUUCAACCUUCUCGCCAGCUUGCUCCCUGCCUACUUCUCGACAUGGGGACCGCGAUUAGGACUUCGCCAAAUGUGCCAGUCGCGAUACAGCUUCGGAUUCUUCGGGGUGAUCGUCCCGAGUAUUUUCAAUCUGGCUUCAAUGUGCGGGUUCUGCAUUUUGAACGCCAUCCUUGGCGGACAGACCCUGGCGAGUGUCUCAGAUGACAACCUGAGUUGGGAUGUCGGCAUCGUUAUCGUCUCCAUCGUGUCACUCGUAAUCUCUUUCUGCGGUCUCAAGUUCCUUAGUUGGUACGAAAGGCUCGCAUGGAUACCCGUACUUGUUGUUUAUGUCGUCGCGCUUGGCAUCGGUGGCAAGCAUCUCAUCAAUCCUCCGCCUGCUGAACCGGCCGAUGCGUCGACUAUUCUCACAUUCGCUUCGACAAUCGCCGGAUUCGUGAUCACCUAUUCUCCUCUUGCCUCCGACUUCACGACAUACUUCACACCUGACGUGCCCGCCUGGAAGAUCUUCUUGUAUUCUUAUCUCGGCCUCAAUGUCCCUAUAAUUGCCAUUCAGUGCCUUGGCGCAGCAGUCGUCGUAGCCGCCCCAACUGUGCCCUCAUGGAAUACCGGCUACCUGAACGGGAACGUUGGCGGUCUGAUCGAGGCGAUGCUGAGCCCCGCGGGCGGGUUCGGCAAGUUCCUCACGGUGCUCAUGGCGCUGUCAGUGACGGCGAACGUUGCGCCGACGCUGUAUUCAUUCUGCCUCUCCUUCCAGGUCUUCAUGCCCUUCCUCGUCGUCGUCCCGCGGUACGUCUUCAGCGUCGUCGCAACCGCGGUCAUCAUCCCGCUCUCCAUCGUCGGCGCGACGCGCUUCUACAACACACUCACCGACUUUCUCGGCCUCAUCGGCUACUGGGCAAGCGCCUUUGGCGCCGUCGUCCUCACCGAACACCUCGUCGUCCGUCGCGGCCGCUUCGAGGCGUACGACCUCCGCUACUGGAACACCCCCAGCAAACUCCCGACGGGCCUCGCGGCCCUCGGUGCAUGUGCGCUCGCCUGUGCGCUGAUUGUGCCCAGCAUGGACCAGGCAUGGUUCGUUGGCCCGAUCGCGCAGAAAACGGGCGACAUUGGCUUUGAGAUGGCAUUCGUCUCGACCGCCAUCUUUUACGUACCGUUACGCUACCUCGAGCUGCGCUUCCGGCCUCUGGUGUAG